AUGGCUGGCGACAGAAGCAUUGUCGUAGCAGAAAUUGAGUAUCUAAAACCUGAUCCAUUAUACGAUGAACAACAACCCUACUCGAUCGCAAGCCGGCCACCUCUAGGCAUCAAGAGGACGAACAUCAUGCAAGUUCCUGUCAAGACUUCCAUCCAUAAUUCUCGUGGGAAGAAGGCUCAGUUUUCUCUCAAUGUGAACGGAUUUGAGUGGGUCGACCAUCCCCUGAAUUUCGAUGUCAAUCAAGAUGCACAGGUAAAUGACUAUAUGAAUGAGAUGGGAACCUUCCUUCGACAACACUUGAAUGCAGAAAAGGUCAUCGUUUAUGACUACGUGAUCAGACACCAGCGUGAGAAAAAUCAGCCUCGUCCCGAAGGUGUAUCAAGAAAGGUGAAGAAGCAGAUUCUGGGUGCACAUAUAGACAUUAGCCGCGAGAGCGCUAUCAGCAGAAUCAAGCUGAAGUGUGAAGAUCAGGCUGAAGAGCUUUUAGAGAAGCAUUGGCAGAUAGUGAAUAUCUGGAGGCCUCUGAAUGGCCCAGUCAAAAGCAUGCCGCUUGCUGUUUGCGACUCCCGCUACCUACAUGAGGAUGAUAUCGUUGCGUCUGACAUCGUCCUUCCGCAUCUCCAGAUCCAGGCGUACGAGAUUUGGUACAAUCCUAAUCAGGCUUGGUACUUCCUAGAUCAACAGGAAUCCACUGAAGUUUUGCUUAUGCUCAGCGCGGACUCCAUCACAUCCAUCCGUUGUGCACAUAGCGCGUUUGAAGAUCCCAAGACAAAAACCGAUGAUCCAAAGCGUCAAAGUAUUGAGCUUCGAUGUAUGGUUUUCUAUUGA